UUGAUCUUCCUUGAUUAUAGUCUGUUUUGAAGGCACAGAAGUGUGGACACAUCUUCGAUCAGUUCUAGCUGUUGCCUGUGUGUAUGUUUGAGUGCGUGAAGGUUCAUUUUUUUCGGUCAUUCGUUCAUUCGUUACUAUAUACUUACUUCUGAGGCUUUGGUGGGGUGCAGUAAACUCUCAGUCGGCUGCUUCACAGCCGUGAUGUGCCGACUACUACUGUUACCAUCGUUUCGUUAGUUCCGCCGUCAGCGCUAUAGCUGUCGUUUGCAGACUGUUGUCGCUACUGUCUCUGUCUAUAGCAUCAAUCGCUGUGGCAGCAACAGCAGCUGCAGCAGACUAGAACAGCGUGGGGAAGAGUCAAGAAGCAGUUACUCAUCUAUUCGUCGGAUGGAGUAGCGGCGGCAACGCUCGCGGCGACCGAAGAGGACGCACGUUACUGCCCGAGACAGCGACUAGUUCCAGUACGGCAGCUGCCGAUCACUGGCAAACUGCCGAACGACACCCGGGCGGCUAUUUCUGCGACGGCUGCACUACUGCACGCGUUGGGACAGUCGACGGUGGAGGCAUCACGGUGUUUUGGCGCAUCGUGGACCCUGUCUGUCUUACAUUAUAAAACGCUUAGGUCUAAUAACGUACGCAAACAUUUUAAGGACUGCUGAGGUGAUACGUGGUGCCAGCAGAAACUUCAAAGUGUUUGACGGGGAAGAAUAUCGCGAGCAUAACACUCAGCUCAUUAAAAUUUUGUUGGGUUUAGCCAGUAAGUUGUGACGUACUCGUGCUUUAUAUGAGUUGUAAUGACACCCAACCAAUCGGAUAGGGAUACUCCAGUCGUUAAAGCUUUAAAAAAAUUAGGGAAUUUAAAAGUACGGAUUGUCUCUUCGUCAGCGACUGCCCAGGACACAGAGUUAGGAGUCUGAUCCGGUGUCGAUCCUUCUAUAUGUUAAAGUAAAGCUCGCUCAUUAACAAUGACAACUAUAACGGUAACAAAAGUGAAAACAGAAGGCCUAAAAAAAUCGCAACGCCGACGACAGCUGUUACAACAGUAGUUCUAAAAACAGUGGAAACAUCAGGAAGAAACGACAACAACAACAACAUUUAUAGUUCAAAUAAGCUCACGACAAGCGUCGCGGUUGCCUAUAGCUAUCGUUGCAUAAUCGCGUAUAUACAUCGUGCAUGAACUGUUGUGUAAUCGCCAUUUGUAAAUGUAUGAGCAUCGAGCGGUUGACGUCGAACGCCUCACACACGCAGUUCUCGUACAUAGGAAAUCUCCCACAUCAUCAUCGGCUCGAAAGGAUUCUGACGAGGAAAAUUUACCAGUUCAGCCGCUUUGCAGCAGUAAGUCACCCUGUUCUGACCGUACGAACAACGGGCUAUCAACGACACCAACCGUGGCGUACAAUCGAGACAACGGGACUAACGUCAACGAGCCACCGGUGAAGCACAUGAACGGCGGGGGUUCCGAAUGCGCGAUCAUUACCAAUGGCACAGACAAGGUGACAAUUAGCUUAGUCAAUGAUAGCAAUGACGGCGAAGACGACUACGAACCACCGCCGACAGUGAAGGCCCGCGAAGUGCAGGAUCCACCCGUCAUCAAGGCUGUCAAACCACAACGAAAGAGUGCCGCAAACAAUACGGCAGUUCGACUCAACCAGACGAAACGCGAAGAAAAACUCAUUAAUAACGAGCUCAAGAAGCGGGCGGCGCUAGACAACAAUAUAGAACCGGCCGUUACGGAACUCAUUGACAGCAAAAAAAUGCGAAUGGAUGAUGGAGUCGUAGUUCUCGAUGAUGACAACGAUGAUGACGUGAUUAUUGUGGAUCCUGCAUCAUCGGGGCGUUCGCCCCGAAAGUCGGCUCGCAGUACGCCUGCGAAGUCAUACAAAGAGGUUGAUUCCAGUCUCUAUGAGGAGCGCAGGCCUAAGACAGCUAAAAAUCGGAGCCUCGAAAAAUUCAAAGAGUUUUUCAAGGCUGCUGCUGAACGCUCCAAGACGAAACCUGAUGCUGUCGAAGUACUUCCUAGACCACAAAAAGAAGCAAAGCCAGCAAAGGAACCAAAGCAGCCAAGAGAACCGAAAGAGCCAAAGCCACCGAGAGAACCGAAGAAAAGGGGACCAAAACCCAAAUAUCCCCGUCCUUCUAUGGAGCAGCUCAACAGUCUCUUUCAGCUGCAACAAAAUGGACUUGCCGCUGCCCUUGGUAUCUCGUUACCCCCUUCGAUUGCUAGCGCACUAAGUAUUAGCGUAGUGCCAAGCAAUCCUACUUCAUCAAACCACAACCCCUUACCACCGCAUCAAUUUAUUCCUGCAGCAAAUCAUCCCUUCUUUCAAGCGAAUCCGUUUGCAUCGCUUUUUCCGACCAACGCAGUUAGUCAUUUGGUACCACCAAGUGGCCCACAAGCACCAAGAAUUGGCGAUGGUUUGCAACCCGGAGCUGGUCUUACUCCUAAACGGCGAGGACGGAAGCCGGUCAUAUUGACCGAAGAGGAACGAGAGGCCCGCAAACAGGCAUACAAGCGAAAACUCGCGGAGAAGCUCAAAGAAAAGCGGCGACUCGAACGCGAAGCUAAAGAACAGGCCAAGGCUUUGCAUGAUGAUCUUUCAAUUCCUAACCUAAAGGCACUGCCCACGCUACCCGAAUUCAACUGCAAGAUCCCAUCCGAGGGUUUGGGUGAUCUUAUGUGCAUCCUCGAAUUUAUGAGUGCCUAUUCCUCGGAGUUAGGUGUGAAAGACUACUUUCCACAAGGUGUUUCCUUCGACAUCCUUGAACGGGCCUUUACAGAAAAUGACCCAAUGGGCCUGCUUGUCAAUGUUGUUCAGAUCCUUCUCGGGUGCAUCGUACGGUUGCAAGAUAAGGAUUGGACCAUUGACUACAAUGUUAAGCAUGACAACGAUGAGAGCGAUAAAUCGGUCAUUCAGGCUCAAGAAAAAGCAGCUGCAGCCGGGAGGGAGUUUAGAGACACAUUUGGGUUCAUGUUCCAUACAGCUCCUCUGGAUUCCUUCACGUACAGUGAUAUGCUUCGAUGGCAUCUUAAGGCGAGCGGAGCUCCAGGAGUGGACCUUCGGGACCGGAUACAUUGUCAUCAAGGAUUCACACCCAAAGAAGAUCCGGGCUUCAAAUUUGUUUGCGAAAACCCCGACGUGAUGGAGAAGUUAGAGCGGGGCUCAAUUGCAGGUCUCAAUGUUCUUGAAAAAAUCAAGGUUGUACGGUGUCUUGUAGACCAGCUACUCACAUUAGAGUUAUUCCGAGAGACAAUCGAGGAUGGCCUCGAUCGCUGUGUCGAACUCAAAGUCCAACUGAAGAAGCUUUUAUGGAGAAAGAAAUUGUUGGAGGACGAAGAAAAGGGCAUCAAGAAAGAAAAGGGGGGGAAUAACCCCACCGAAGAGGGAGAAGACAGUAAAAAUACCGAAGAGGUGCGAAAAACAAAUGAGGAUGAGAAGAAACGGAAAAACUGGAGAUAUGAUCUCCCGGAGAUGCCACGGCGCGAGCUGGAACAGAGGAUCACUACAACGGAAACUCAAAUCAACAAAGUGUGGUAUCGGUUUGGCUUAUCGUGUCUUGGGGAGGAUCGUGCUCAUCGAAUCUAUAAUGUGAUGCACUCGGUGCCUGCUAUCGUAGUCGAGACGCUCGCUUGUGUUGAAGCCCCCUGCAUAGAAGGAGGAACGCCAGCACCCUCAUCAAAAGAGUCUGUAGUUGAGAACGGACCAACGUCUGCGGCCCAUGGUUCGCAUCCAACGGAGAACGGGACUGCGAAGAGUGUAAACGCAAAACCAGAGAUCAAUGAGAUUAAAGGUAGUGCGUCCUCCUCACCAACAAAAUCUGUUUCUGGUUCACCACAAAAAUCCACUGUCAAGACAGAAGGCGGUGCAGAUGCCGAAGAGAAGAAGAUUGAGGUACCAGUCGAUGAUACCCUAGUCUGCAGUGGGAACAUGGAAACUUGUCGAGUGCACGCAGAUCAGCAACCUCGCUAUUAUUUCAUCCAGAAUCACCAACAAUUAGAGGCUCUAGUUAAUGCUCUCGCUCCGAAAGGCUUACGCGAGACCGUCCUUAAGGAAACGAUCACCAACGAAAUGGACUACCUCCGAAAUGUUAUUAAAAGAACACCCAUAUCCAAAUUGAACCGCACAAUGCGCGACACCUAUCGUCGCAAAUAUCCCUCUGAAGCUCUGAAAUCUUCGAAUGUUUUGGGUCUUGAAGCCAAUGUGGCUCUGGAUCUUACGUUUCGCGAACUGCUGUUGGAUAUUGAAGAUAAGGCCGUUCAAGCAUCGCUUGGUGGAUUCAAGGCCGAAAGUGGUCGUCGCCAGUCCUGGCGGGCAGAACUAGAUGAGCCACUGAUCCGGAUGCAGAAACUGACACCAGAACAAACCAACAAAAUUAUGAAAGUAGAUGAGCACGAAGUGAAGAGGAUGGCCGAACGGUUGCUGGAGUUUGCUGAAACAGUACCAGCGAGAUUUCUGAAUGGCCCACUUGGAGAACAAGUUGACGAAAAUACACCUGCUAAAAUGGAAAACUGGAAAGCAGCAUUACCCAACUGCACCAACUUUUCCCAGCUGUUCCUCUUCUAUUCGGCGCUCGAAGCAUCGAUUCAAUGGCAGAAGGGUCUUAUUCAAGCGAGAUGUAAAGUUUGUCGAGGAAAGCCCACACCUGAGCGAAUGGUACGCUGCGAUCGUUGCGAUCAAAUUUUCCAUCUAUCAUGCUUAAAACCAGCUCUGCGUGAUGUGCCUGAAGAAACCUGGUUUUGCAAGAAUUGCGAGCCAGAUACCGUGCUUGAGUCCCCUCUUAAAAAACAGCGCACCAACGGAACGGCGGCAUCUGCCGAGCCGGAGGCCGCACCCCCGGCUGAAAAACCGGUCAUUGAGAAUAAUGAAUACUGCGACGUUUGCCGAAGAGACGAGAAGUUAUUAUUGUGCGAUUUUUGUCCACGGUCUUUCCACCUGGAGUGUCUCGAUAUAAAACGUGCACCGAGAGGAGACUGGCGUUGCAUUGCCUGUUGCCUUGAGCCGAAAAAAUACCGCCAAGAACUCAAAGAACUCCGUAAGCGAGUACUGGACAAAGAAGCAGCUGAGGUUGAUGUACAGCUUGACCUAAAUCAGUGCGCGAAGUGCGGUGAACUACUAAGUCGAGGUCAUAUUGAUUGCAAAGGAUGCGCUCGUAAAUUCCACCUGAUUUGUGCUGAUCUACCGAAACGGCCUAAAGGUGAUUGGUACUGCCGCAAGAAAUGUGAACCAGGAUAUGUGCCGAAUGAAUCACUGAGUCAAAUACUACUUCUCGAUGACGAAUCGAUGGACGAAAAGGAAAGCGUUGCUGAGGAAGAGGAAGUGGUCGAGGCGAUGGAGGAGGAAGAAGUCGUAGACGCGGAGAAAUCAUUCGCCGAAGCUGACGCGUACGACUACAAGGCGUGCUCCGAUAUCCUUGAUGUUCUCAAGAAGUCAGAUCACGCCUGGCCAUUUCUCACGCCUGUGACCAAGAAGGAUGCACCCGACUAUCACAGGAUUAUUAAGAAACCCAUGGACUUUGGCACAGUCCAGACCAAGCUGAACGACUCUAAGUAUACGCGUAACUCGGAGUUUGUAUCCGACGUUAUGCAAGUAUUCAUCAACUGCGAACAGUACAAUAUGGAGGAAGCAGAGGUUUAUCGAGAAGGUAAACAGCUACUUGAACUCUUUGUCGACCUACUCGAUAAUUACUCCAUGGCACCUUUGCUCGACACACAACAAUUUAAAUGGUUGGAUGAUUACAUCAACAAUCGAUGCCCCAAGUGUCAACAAGAAUUCGCUGAUGGAGCUAAGACGGUCACUUGCAAAGGGUGUUCGUCGACUUUUCAUCCUAAAUGUGCGGGCGUGAAAGGAAGCACGGCAAAGUGGACAUGCUCUAAUUGUACACAAAUGGUUGAAAAUGAAGAGGAACCUGCCGAAAAGACAGUCUGUGAAGAGGAUGAGCAGCAAAUGGAGGAAGACAACCCGGAACCCAUUGACGUACACGGGUUUGACUAUAAGGCGUGCACGGAUCUGCUCAACUACCUUUUAAAGGAUAGCCUCUCUUUUGCGUUCCGCAAGCCGGUGACAAAGAAAGACGCGCCCGAUUACUUUGAAAUAAUCGCUCAGCCGAUGGACCUGUCGACGAUACAGAACUCCCUAAACAACAUGGGCUACAAGUCGAAUCGAGAUGUUAUCUUCGACAUUGUCCUUAUGUUCGAUAACUGUGAACGCUAUAAUCAUGAGGCAAGCGAUAUAUACGCCGAUGCAUAUGCCCUCUGGGAGAAGUUACUGCGGUGGUUGACGCGACGAGGGCUAGAGGUUCUCCUGGAAAAAACGCCCGAUUGGAAGAUCACCAAGGGGGCCCGUCGAUCGAAAUCUAACAGUUAAAUCAUUUUCGAUACUAUUACUAAAACUCCUUAUCUUCUUGGUUAUUCUUAUUGAUGAAAACAGCCUACUGGAACGUAAUCUGCUUGCUAGUCCGGCUUCAGAAAUGGAGUUUGGAAAAAAACUCUGUGACGAAUAGGAAUCGAAUUCUGGGCAAUAAGAAUAGAAAAAAUUAGCAGCAGAAAAGAAAGCAACAAGCAACAACAAACAAAACUCGACAAAAACGGACACAAACGACGGGGUGCCGCUUAGAAUUUUACAAUUAUGCGCACACAAUGACAUUAUUAUCGACAAUGAGAAUUAUUACUAUUAUUAUUAUUAUUAUUAUUAUUAUUAUUAAUGAUGGCGACAGCAACAAUAAUGAAGUAAUCGUGGUGAUGAUAACGAUACUAAUACUUGAAUCCUUCGCAUACGGACGAAUUUUAUGAAAUUAACGGACUGUAGCAGUAGCAACCGUGCGUGAACAGAAAUAGAUGAGAACAGAAUGACCUGUGCGGUAGCUGAAGAAAAGGAAACAAUAGUACUAAUCGUAUAUUUACAGAGUGGGGUAAAGGUUGACUUAAAGUUGGGCACGACGUGAGGUUAAAGUUAAGAAAAAAUAGGUUUUUAAUAGUGAAAAAAGUAUGCUGCUUGCAAUUGAAGUAGUAUCUAAUUAAAGCGAAAAAGCUACUUUUUCAUAAUUGGAAGCCCAUUUUUCCUCAAUUGUCAACUUACGACAUACCCUGCUGUAAGCCUACUUUUGGCCCGCCCUGUAUAUAAAUAUAUAGGAUAUAUAGGAUAAUAUAAUGGCUAACAAUAAUAGUAGUAAUAAUAAUCGCGAAUGAAUGCGAAUCAUUGCUGAAUGCGAACUGAGAAUACUUUUUGACUAAUACUACUAUUGCUAUCACAAUUACCUAUACAAUUAUUGAAGUGUAGUCGCUAUUAGAAUUUUGAUUAUGUUACGGAGGCAAAUCUUGAUACGUUUGUUUUAUUGUAUCUUAUUGGUUAACUGUGGUCUUCCCCGAAGUUCGGCCUGACAACAUGUAAUUGGCUAUACAAUGUAAACGCUGUCUAUAUGGUCACAGUUAACAAACUAAUAAUUACAACUAAUAUAGUAAGACCGAGCGUAAGAGAGCAAUGCUAGCACGCAAUAUGGUGCACUUUGCAUAUUGUGUGGUCAAAAUUUAAAACGAAUUUGACCAGAGAACAAAUGCAACAUUUACGUUGAUUGAGAAAAUCACCUCUUGUGAGGAAUCGUAGUUCACGACACAAGGUUCCUGAUCGCUUUUUUAGAGAUUUAACUCGCAACCAAGCAAGAAUUUAUAUAUUCAGAGGUAACAAAUUGGAUUGUCAAACAGUACUGCAUCUAAGCAUAUUUCAGGGGACUCCCCUGUUGUAUCGGCUCGAUUUAUCUGUCGUAAACGAGCUCUAUUCGACAUUUCUUAUUAUGCCCUAAAUGAUUGUUUGUAUUUGAUUAUACAAGCGGCUCUUCCCAAGUAGUCAUAAUACCGGCUACGGUUACGGGAACAAGAAAGGACGCAUGACGUGUAAUUAAUUAAGUUUAUUAAGUUAGACGAUAAUAAUAAUGGUGAUCAUGAUAAAGUGAACGUGAGCAGCAAAUGACCAUAAACCGGAUAAUUCCGAGGAUACCUGGGAUCUCCACAAAGCGGGUGCCGUUUUCUGUUUGUGCGAAUGUACGAAUAAACACGACGAUGACAAUAAAAACAUUAUAAUAUGAAAAAUAAAUAACGAAUGCAGAAUGCGUACCCGCAACAACGGUAGGAACUAUUGAAAACUGAUUGUCCUAUAAUGACUAUGUUAAUAAUGAUAAUGACGCUAACCAUCAUAAAAACAUCCAAAGCUUCUUUCUAUUUUCUAGAACAACACAAAAUAUAUCAUAUCGCUACUCUCAGUGGAGACGAAGGAUGAAACUCAACAACUUCACCCAUUUAUUUCAGCUCUUCGCUGCCCCGAAAACUAUAU